AUGCGUCCUACCAAAGGCAGCGAUGUGCUCUUUUUCCAUACGUUCGGCACCAAGUGGAUCGUUCUGCAUAGUUUCAGCUCGGCGACCGAACUGCUUGAAAGGCGUGGCUCGCUCUACGCAGACCGACCCCGAUUUGUCAUGUUUGAGGAAAUGGGUUGGGCCCCUACUCUGACUUGGCUUCGCUGGGGACCUAGAAGGUUUUCGGUUGCAAUUGUACUCAAGAUAGCCUAUGGGUUAGAUGUCGACGGACCUCAAAGUCCAUGGAUCAAGCUAGCUGAAGACUCGUCCGAAGCUGUCGGGAAGUCUGGUGCCCCGGCGAGCUCCAUUAUGGAUCGCUUCCCAGCUGCCCGUUAUCUGCCAAGCUGGUUGCCAUUCAUGGAACGCCUUCGGUAUGCUCGUACUUGGAGGCCAGCCAUCGAGGCCAUCACUCGGCUACCAUUCGACGCUGCGAUAAAACUGAUGAACGCCGAGAAGGCUGAGGAGUCCUUCGUUCAGUCGAGAAUGAAAAUCUGGUUCGAGAACAGCCGUCAGGGAUGUCCAAACAGAUUCAGUUUGGAGGAUAUCAAAGGAGCUGCAGCUACCAUUCUAAUCGCAGGCAACGACACAACCGCAGCCACAGUCAUGCUUCUUGUCCUUUACCUGAUGCAGAACCAAGAAGUACAACGCAAAGCCCAGGAGGAAAUCGAACGUAUCGUUGGAAAGCACCGACUCCCGAGUUGGAACGAUAUCCCAAAGCUACGGUACACCAACUUGGUGCUUCAAGAGACUUACCGGAUUAACCCUCUAUCGCCCCUGGGCAUUCCCCAUGCUAGCAUCGCCGAUGACGUAUACAAUGGCAUGUUCAUUCCCAAGGGCACCAUAGUGUACCCGAACGUCUGGGCUAUGAUGCACGAUCCAAAAGUGUACUCCGAUCCGUUCCGCUUUUGGCCGGACAGGUAUCUGCCAAAGGAGGAGGGAGGGAAUGGGGAGCCGUUGCCCAUAGGUCACUUUGGCUUUGGCAGGCGCAUCUGUAUCGGCAAAUACCUCGCUGAAAACAGCCUGCUGAUAAUCUUGGCCACAAUGCUGGCGACCAUGAAUAUUGACUGGCCACUUGGGCCUGAUGGUCAACCAACGCCGUUUGAGCCAGAGUGGUCUUUCAGGGGCCAAGCCAUCGUUUUACCCUUCGGCAUUUCCAUUACCAGCCGGUCGGAAAAAGCUAUGGCCGCCUUAAACGAGGAGAUUGACGCACUUCAGACUUGA